AUGUCAUCAGAUCAUGUGUUCAAAUAUGUCAUAAUCGGAGACCGUGGCGUCGGAAAGUCUAACUUGCUGCUGCGAUUCAUUGGCAAACCUUUCGAUUCAAUCCAUCCGUCGACACUUGGAAUUGAGUUUGGUUUUCGAAAUCUGGAAAUUGACAGGAAAAAGGUGAAGCUUCAUGUCUGGGAUACGUGCGGCCAGGAGAGAUUUCGGUCACUUGUUGGAUCAUAUUAUCGGCAUGCAAUUGGUGCACUUCUUGUCUAUGAUAUUACUAGUCGUGAGUCCUUCUACCAUUUGGAGCACUGGCUCACAGAUCUCCAACGACUGGGUGAUCCCGAUAUAGUUAUAGUGUUGAUUGGCAACAAAAGUGAUCUAGAAGCAGAUCGUGAAGUCAGAAAAGAAGAAGGUGAAGCAUUUGCAAGAGAGUUUGGACUUAUAUUUAUGGAAAUUUCUGCAAAAACCAAUGAAUAUGUGGAGGAAGCAUUUGUCAAUUCAGCUCACGAGAUUUAUAGAAAGCUUAACUUUGGAAUUAUCAAAGAGAUAUGUGUGAAGAAGAAGAAGAAGAAAAUGAAUAUAAUUAUACGAUCUAUAUCGGGAAAGGAGAAAGCAUGUUGUUAA